UCCUCGAGUCUUCAUCUAUUCCAAAUGUAUAUAAUACAUUUAUUUUCGAUGCAAAAAAAUAUUAAAAUUUUGACGGACGUAAUUCUACUGUGUAUUUUGUUUAAAAAUAUACAUGGAAUUAAAGACGCCAGCACACCCCAAACUAGUAUAAAUAGGUGUACACUGCCACCUCACCCAAAAUUUGGUAGAUGGACCGUCUUUAAAACAAAUCUUACCCCAUCUGUGGGCGAUGCCGUGCCUGUGGGUACCAUUCUUGAAAUCAGUUGUUCCGACGGUUACAAAUUAAAUGGUAGUGAGAACACUACUUGCAUUCGGGGCCAAUGGAGACCCGAAGUGGGUCAAUGUUUACGUACUUGUCCUUCAUUACGUACCACCACUAUUACGACAGUUAGUUGUACCUACAAAAGGGAAACUUUAGCAACUUGUUUGGACGUGGUUGAAGGAACGAGAGCACACUUCCACUGUUCCCCGUUUUAUGAAAUCCAAGGGCUGAAUAAGUUUCCAAUAAGAAAUUGUUCCGAGGGACAGUGGAGUGGUGGUAUUCCAGAAUGCGUACCAGUGUGCGGUAAAAAAGGCAUUACAAAGGACCCUACUUUAAUGGUGGGAGGUUUCAACACAACGUCAUUAGAAUAUCCUUGGCAGGCGGUUUUAUAUUGCAACAGUAGCAAAAGAUUACUCUGUGGAGGAACACUACUGAGUGAAAAGAUAAUCUUGACAGCUGCACACUGCGUCACAAACGACAAAGGUCAACUACAACCGAAAGAAAACUACAUAGUGGCUGUUGGCAAGUCUUAUCGCAGCUACAACGAUUCGAGGGACAACGCAGCUCAAUUUUCUUCAAUAGAAGAAAUGCAUGUUCCUAAACAAUACAAAGGGUACGUUCAACAUUACUUUGGAGAUAUCGCAAUAAUAGUUGCAAAUACAACAUUCGUUCUUUCGCUCAACGUUCAACCAGUUUGUGUAGUUUGGGAAAAAGAAUUUUAUCAUCAGUCACUAGAAAAUGCCACCAGUGUGAACCAAACUUACGCGACCGGUUGGGGCUUUACUUCCGAAAAUAAGAACCCUUCAGACGUUCUUAAAUCGUUAAAAGUUCCACUUAUAAGUAAAGAUGAGUGUGAACGCAACUUGUCCGAAGAUGUUGUUAAGUACCUGACCGACGAUAAACUAUGUGCCGGUUUCUCAGAAUCUGGCAAAUCUGUGUGUAAGGGCGAUAGCGGCGGAGGUCUGGUGACCGAGCACAAUGGUAGAUUCUACAUCAUAGGCGUCAUCAGUAUUGCGCCACUAUCGUCUACAGUUGUUGGUGGAUGUGAUAGUCAACAAUAUGGUUUGUACACAAGAUUUUCGUAUUACAUUGACUUUGUAAUGAAUUUCACUGCUUCUACAAACCUAUCAACAACUUCUGCAAGAGGUGGUUGUAUAUUACCCGAUCAUCCCACGUUUGGCGAGUGUUUAGCAAAUGCAACACACAAAGCACACGACUUGGCAGCUACUGAACAGGAAGUUCGCGGGUUUUUUCGUGACCAAGUCACUUUAGAGUGUGCGACUACCGGUAACCGAACACCAAAGAUAACUUGGACUAAAAAUAACACACUGAUCGAUGGUACUCGAGGUGCUAAGUACAGGAUCAAGCUGGACCAAUCGCUUCAGAUAAAUAUGCUUGAAAAGUCUGACGCAGGAGUAUAUCUAUGUACCACUGACAACACUACAGGUGAAGCCAUAACGAAACGAAUAAAAUUGGUCGUUACUGUAGACGAUCCUCACCGGCCUGCAACUAUAGUGGAAACAGAGAGUCAAGCAAAAGUUGUGGUGUCGCUAAACUCUUCAUUAACCCUCAACUAUUUAGCCGUCGGCUAUCCUCUCCCUGUUGUAAACUGGUGGUUCAUUGACACUCUUAUUUCUAUCAAAUCUAGUCAGUUCGAAACAGGCAAAGACCACUCUCUUCAUAUAGAAUCCGUAACAUCAUCAAAUCUUGGGGUGUAUAAUUACAACGGUGUGGGUCAAUCUGCUAGUUGGUCGGUCCCCGUGGAGGCUAUAGAAACCAAUUACGACACGAAUCCGGAAGAAACCGACGUCCAACCCGACUGCCAGGACAACCCGUUCUUUGCCAAUUGUCGUCGCAUCGAUUUCUGUACACACAAAAAUCACGCGCUAUUCUGUUGUAAGACUUGUACAGAGGCGGGUUUGAUACCAGUGGUCAAUCUAAAGGAGACAACAAUCGUCAUCGACUGAGGAUCAUUUUUUAAAGCCGAAUUUAUUGCUAGUCUCAUACUUUGUUAAGAGUUAAGAGAAAUUUAAGAUAUUUUUUAUAAUAUAUUUGUUUAAUUUGGUGUUUGUAGACCGCUAUUAAUUUAAUUUUGAAAUUAUUGCUUUAUUAAUU